AUGAAAUUCGACCCGCAUCCUUUACCCUUGUUCCCGGACUUGGGAAGCGCCGAGGACAUUGCGUCUCAUCUGAACCAGGACCAGCAACUGUGUCGUGAUAAAAAGCGACCGAGCAGCCUUGCCCUGCAGCUAUCCAAAACACCACCAGGGUUCUUGAACGAAGUAUCGUGGCAUCUUACCCCUCAAAAAGAGCUGUCUAAAGAGCUUCGAAUGGGCCGAUGCAAGAGUAUCAUCGAAGGGAUCAAGGACUACUUGGAUCAACUCGACAACCCCAGCGCAGACGAGGCCGAAGCGAUAGCUGUGCGUCUCAGACAAGAUCAACAGCUAUGCCGACAGAAGAAGGUUCCUAGCACUCUCGCCUGUCGUCUGCCAAACGCAAAGUCUUCUCUCUUUGAUGCAGUUGCCUGGCAUCUCACACCUCACGUCGACGUCCCGAAGGCCCUUCGAUCAAAACGAUGCGAAAGCAUCAUCGAAGGAAUCAAGGCUUAUAUCGGUCAACUAGACAGUAUCGAAGGUGACGCCGAUGAGGGCGCCUUGGCAGCACUCAAAGUACUGGAGUAUCUUCAGGCGAAUGACUCGGUGUCGCAAAUCACGCCCUCAAGUUCGUUGACGGAAGUCCUUGCGGCAGUACGGGCCCAAAUCUCAGUGGACAACAAUACCCGCGUCGAAUACGUCAAACAAGCGCGCAAAGCUAAGGGCGAAGAGCAAAAGACGAAAACCCGGCGAUGCUACAUGUGUCGCCAGACGUGCACCAUCCUCAACGUCCACGACCUGUACCCCUCUCUGUGUCGCCCCUGCGGGGCCUUCAAUCUCGGUUCUUCACAAUUGUCACAGCCUGGGAAGUUGGAUGUCACCGGAAGAACUGCCCUUGUCACUGGUGGAAGAAUUAAUCUUGGAUACCAUACGGCUCUGAGGUUGCUCCGCUGUGGUGCAAAUGUGAUCGUGUCCUCUCGUUAUCCUGCUGACGCGGCAGAUCGAUAUUCCAAGGAGGCCGAUUUCACGCAGUGGGAAUCAAGACUAAAGGUUGCCGGCGCUGAUUUUCGGACGGCGCAGGAUGCCUUCCGGCUGGUUCAUGUGGUGAAGGAGCUGUUGAGGUCUUGGAAUGGAGAAACCGGGCCGACGGAGCGGGGAAACCUCGAUAUCCUGAUUAACAAUGCGGCGCAGACCUUGACAGAUCCAGUGAAAAUAGAACUGGUAGCUAUAUCUCGCGAGGACCAGUUGAGAGAGCUCGCAUCAACCAAGACAUUGUUAGCGGGUUGUGUUGGCAAUGCCUAUCAGCCCAGAAUCAGGGGCGGUGUGCAAGAAUCUUGGGUCUCGCGUAUUGAGAACAAAGCCGAGCAAUUGCGAAUCGACAACGGAAAUAAGACUGAAGAAAGUGCCGUGACUCAUCAGGGCCUCCCUAUAACCGGCUAUCAAGAUCCUAACAAGUCAUCAUGGGUGCAGUCUCUCCAGGAGAUCCCGUACGAAGAUCUCAUCAACGCACAUUCCGUGAACGCCUUUGUCCCACUGAUUUUGUGUCGCGAACUACUCCCUUGCAUGGGAGCCUAUGAUGCCAGAUCAAUCACCAAGCCGCUGGGAUAUAUUGUCAAUGUCUCAUCGCGAGAAGGUAUUCUCGAGGAUACGCCCAACUCCCGCAGCAAAUCCGGCCAUCACGUCCACACGAACAUGUCCAAGGCGGCGAUCAAUAUGAUCACCGAAACAGAAGCGAUGCCGGCGUGGAGGAAUCGCCGCGUGGCUAUGAAUUCAGUGGAUCCAGGGUACAUGAGUGCGGCUCCAGAGUGGCAGAGAGACGAGGGAUGCCCCAUCGGCUUUGAGGAUGGCGCUGCUCGCAUACUGUGGCCAAUUGUUGUGGGGGAACGGGAAGGCAGGGUGAUCGCCGGUCGAUUUCUAAAGCAUUUUGAGCAAGGAGCAGCGGUGAUCAGGCGAUGA